AUCCUAUCUAAAUAUUCCCACUUAUAAAUGCUAGUAGCUCUCUUUAUAAAGGCUACCAGUGUUGGCAAAAUACUACAUUGCUUAAUAUCUUUUGUUCUGAAUUUCUUAGUCAGCUCUGAUAUUUAACAUGGCCUCAUCAUCUCCCUCUCCCUCUCCCUCUCCAAUGUUCACAGUGCGAAGGUUGCAACCCGAGUUGGUGGCUCCUGCCAUCCCCACUCCCCAUGAACUUAAACCAUUAUCCGACAUAGAUGAUCAAGAAGGUCUUCGUUUCCACAUUCCUAUGAUACAAGUUUAUCGUAACCAACCAUCAAUGGCAGAGAAAGACCCAGUUCAAGUGAUUCGGAAAGCACUGGCAAAAACACUUGUGUUCUAUUACCCUUUUGCGGGUAGGCUUAGGGAGAGGCCUGACCACAAGUUAAUGGUGGAUUGUACUGGAGAGGGCGUCUUGUUCAUUGAGGCUGAUGCUGACGUAACACUUGAUCAGCUUGGUGAUGCUCUCCAACCUCCAUUCCCAUGCUUCGAACAACUGCUAUAUAAUGUUCCAGACUCUGAAGAAAUUACUGACACUCCCCUUCUACUCAUACAGGUGACACGACUCAAGUGUGGUGGUUUCAUCCAGGCCCUCCGCUUGAACCACACCAUGAGCGAUGCAGCUGGUCUUGUACAAUUCUUGAACGCAUGGGCUGAAAUGGCUGGAGGUGCAAAGAGUCCUUCCAUUGCACCCGUGUGGCGUAGGGAGCUUCUAAUGGCAAGAGAUCCUCCUCGCAUCACAUGCAAGCAUCACGAAUACAUGGAAUUCGUAGACACCGAGAUCGAGGAAGGAAGCCUUACUUUGCAUGAUGACGACAUGGUUCUUCGAUCAUUCUUCUUUGGACCUUCCCAAAUAGCUUCCCUUCGUCGCUUGGUUCCCCAUUACUGUGCCACGUUUGAUCUCAUCACAGCAUGCUUAUGGCGUUGUCACACAAAAGCAUUGAAGAUAGAUGCAGAUAAGGAUGUUCGAAUGAUGGUCGCCGUCAACGCACGUGCUAAGUUCAAUCCUCCUUUACCUGUUGGUUAUUACGGUAAUGCCAUUGCAUACCCAGCAGCAGUCACCACAGCAGGGAAGCUUUGUGGAAAUCCAUUUGGGUAUGCUGUGGAAUUAAUAAAUAAAGUGAAAGGUAAGGCCACACAAGAGUAUAUGCAUUCUGUGGCAGAUCUAUUGGCUAUUAAGGGACGAUACAUACCAAGAAUGGUGAGGUCUCUUACUGUGUCAGAUUUGAGAGGUUUUGAUCCCAGACAAAUUGAUUUUGGGUGGGGCCAUGCUCUCUAUGCUGGACCAGCUCAAGGAGGCCUUGGACCCUUUCCAGGAGUAACGUUUAUCACUCCUUUUAAGAAUGCAAAAGGAGAAGAUGGUUUAGUAUUGCCGAUUUGGUUGCCCACAGAGGCUAUGAAUAGGUUUUCCAAAGAGUUGGAUGGCAUGUUUGGUUUCAUUUGUAGCUCAUUAUGAAAAUAUUCCUUUUUCUUUUUUGGAAUGGAAACAAAUUAGAAAAGAUCAAUGUAACAAACCAAACACUUCCUUUAUCAUGUUACUAAAUUAUUAAAUACUACUUUGUGUAUA